UCCUGAAUCGUUUGUUGAGUGUGUGUCUUCAGGCUCCUACACCUCCUCCUCUAUGGUAGCAAGGAGAAGAGGGCCAAUCCUGGGUGAUGGGUUCUGCCUUUUUGAGGCAUUAAGCUGAUUCGGGUAGGAGGAAGGAAGUUGGCACAGGAGUGAGGGCCUGAGUCAUCAGUCUGUGACAGAGCAGGUUUGGCAGGCGUGGUCACAGCCUACUGAACACGGCCAGAUUCUCCCAGCGAGUCACAGGUAACACAGCGCAGGCACUGGUGGGGGUGGGGGCUGAUCUGAUCGCUCCAUCUUUCCACAGAAGUUUCUGGAAAGGACGACCCCCUUGAUUGUUUGGUCAGCUGUGAUAACCAGUCACCAUGCCAACCGUAAUACCAGAAGCCUUUAAACAUGUCAGCAAGGAGCUGGGUCUUCAAAUAUGGACCAUCGAGAAAAUGGAAGUGGUCCCUAUCCCUCCAAAGGCUUACGGGAACUUCUUCGAAGGCGAUUGCUACUUGAUAUUGUUCGCCAAGAAGACGGCCAGUGGGAUCUCUCAGGCCAUCCACUUCUGGAUCGGGAAAGAGUCCUCGCAGGAUGAGCAGGGGGCUGCAGCCAUGUACGUCACCCAGCUGGACGAUUGCCUGGGAGGGAGUCCCAUCCAGUACCGUGAGACGCAGGGCCACGAGUCCCCCGAGUUCAAAAGCUACUUCAAGAACGGCAUUGUGUACAAGAAAGGAGGUGUCGCCUCAGGGUUCAAGCAUGUGGAGACAAAUGUGUAUAACAUCCGCCGUCUGCUCCACGUUAAGGGGAAGAAGAAAGUGACGGCCACAGAGGUCGACCUUUCCUGGGACAGCUUCAACUUAGGUGACGUUUUCCUUUUGGAUCUGGGCAAAGUCAUCGUCCAAUGGAACGCGCCACAGAGCAACAGGACGGAGAGGUUAAAGGCCCUGCUGCUCGCCCAGGACAUCAGGGACCGCGAGCGAGGAGGCAGGGCGCAGAUCGGCAUCGUGGACGGGGAUCAGGAGAACCAGAGCCCUGAGCUGAUGAAGAUCGUGACGGCCAGUCUGGGAGAGCGGAGGGGCGAGCUGAAGGAGGCUAUACCGGACGAAGAGGCCGACCAGCUCCAGAAGUCCAACAUCAGGCUCUACCAUGUUUCCGAUGAGACGGGGAAUCUGAUGGUGCAAGAGGUAGCCACUCGACCGCUGACCCAGGACCUACUGAAGCACGAGGACUGCUAUAUCUUGGACCAGGGUGGAGUCACGAUCUUUAUAUGGAAGGGCAAGGAGGCUAACAAUGAAGAGAGACGAGCUGGCAUGAACAGGGCCUUGGGGUUCAUCAAGGCCAAAGGCUACUCAAACACUACAAACGUGGUGGUGCUGAACGAUGGGGCCGAAUCUGCCAUCUUCAAGCAGCUCUUCAAGAAAUGGACAGUGAAGUGGCAGACCCAGGGUCUGGGCAAGAAGCACACAGUGGGCAAGAUUGCCAAGGUGGAACAGACCAAGUUCGAUGUGACCGAGUUACAUGCCAGGCCUGACCUGGCUGCAAGGAAGAGGAUGGUAGACGAUGCCUCGGGCAAGGUCGAGAUAUGGCGAAUUGAGGAGAGAGAGCUGGUUCCCGUGGAUCCCAAGACCUCCGGACAAUUCUACGGUGGAGACUGCUACUUGGUGCUCUACACCUACAUGAGGAACAACAAGCCUGCGUAUAUCCUCUACAUGUGGCAGGGUCUGCACGCAUCGCCCGAUGAGAUCGCCGCCUCAGCCUACCAGGCGGUGAACCUUGACGACCAGUACAACGGGGAGCCGGUGCAGGUUCGGGUGGUGAUGGGCCACGAGCCCCGCCACUUCCAGGCCAUCUUCAAGGGCAAGCUCAUCAUCUUCCAGGGUGGGACGGGCCGUGGCGGGAAGACCGAAGAUGCACCCAUCAGGCUGUUCCAGGUGCGGGGCACCACGGAGCUGAAUACCAAGGCCACCGAGGUGCCUGCCCGCGCCUCCUCCCUCAACUCUAACGACAUCUUUGUGUUCAAGACAGAACAGACCACUUACUUGUGGUGCGGCAAGGGAUGCAGUGGUGAUGAGCGAGAGAUGGCGAAGUCUGUGGCCAACACCCUGUCCAAGCGGGAGAAGCAGACGGUUCUGGAGGGACAGGAGCCGACAGAUUUCUGGGCCAUGCUGGGCGGGAAAGCACCGUAUGCCAGUGACAAACGGUUUCAGGAGGAGGACGUUGAAUAUGAUCCACGGCUCUUCGAAUGCUCGAAUCAGACAGGAAGAUUCAUCAUGACGGAGGUUUACGACUUCACCCAGGAAGACCUGGAUGAAGAUGAUAUCAUGUUGCUGGACACAUGGGAAGAGAUAUUCCUGUGGAUAGGACGGUCAGCCAACGACUAUGAGAAGCAGGAGUCCAUCACCUCGGCGAGGGAGUACCUCCAGUCACACCCGUCGGGGCGCGACCCACACACACUCAUUGUCCAGGUGAAGCAGGGAGCUGAGCCCGUGACCUUCACCGGGUGGUUCAACGCCUGGGACACACACAAGUGGGCCGCCGGCGGUGGAAGCAGCUACGACAGGAUGCGGGGUAACCUUGGCGAUGUUUCAGCCAUCACACAGAUCUCCGUGGAUCUCCACAAUACCGACUUGAACAGGAAACAUGCCCCAGCCUCGACUCCCGCCUCCUCCUCCUUCAGUCAACAGGUGCCUAGGGCCCAGUCAACCCACAGCCCUCCGUCUACAGGCGCUGUACACGCCACUCCCCCCCAAUCCUCCUCCUCGCACUCCCCUCCCCUGGCCAGGCCCGUCGUCGUCAAUGGCAGGGAGUGUUACCCUCGAGAACUGCUGAUAGAUAUCCCGCCGGAGGAGCUUCCUCAAGGGGUGGAUCCCGGGAAAAAGGAGCAAUAUCUGUCCGACGAGGACUUUGAGGACAUUUUCAAUAUGACGCGGGAGAAGUUUAAUCAGGCACCAGCCUGGAAGCAGAAGGUGUUGAAGAAGCAGAACAAGCUCUUCUAGAGGGACAAGAGAUCGUCUGUCUUCACAGCAGACAAUAGGUCAACAUAGAGAGAGAUAUAUUUUUCCUUUUUUAUAUAAAAAUAAUCUUGUUCUCUGUAAAGCUGACACUAAAAUGUCAAAUUAGUCUGUAGCUUGUUCUGAAUGCUUUCAUCUUUGUGAACUAUCCAAUAGGCGGCAUUUCUUUCCUUGGCUGUUUGGAACGGUGUGUUCCGGGGCCCAGUCUGCCAUGAUCGAAUGGGAGAGCAGCUCAGAGUCACAGAAAUGGGCCCUUCAGCCCAUCUAGUCCCACAGCCCUCCAUACCCCUCCCAUUCAUGUACUUACACCAACUUCUCUCAAAUUUUGCAAUCAAGCCCUCAUCCACCGCUUCUGAGGGAAUAAGUUCCCUGUAAAUAUUUCACCUUUCACCCUUAACUUCUGACCUUUAGGUCUCAUCUCAGUGGAAAAAACCUGCUUGCAUUUACCCUAUCUCUGCCUCUCGUAACUUUGUAUACCUCUGUCAAAUCUCCUCUGCAGGGAAUAAAAUCCUAAACAACUCAGCCUCUGCCUAUAACUCUGGCCUUCACGUCCUGACAACAACCUUGCUCCUGUACGGUCUUAUGAAUGUCGGCUGGCCCAAAGGGCCCUUGCCUGAGGCUGAAGCAAAGCGAGGCAGCCUGUGGCCUGGGGUCAGGGUCGCUGUCCUUCCCGGGACCCCCCUUCCCAGCCGUUUUCUAGUCAGGCCUGAUGUCUCUCAAAGAGCUGACUGGAAUCUCAAGGUGUACCUAGGGAGGUCAGGCCUGGAGAGGAUAUAGCACCUAAAUCACAAGGCCAUUUGGCCCAUCAUAUCUGCUCUCCCAUUCAAUCAUGACUGAUUCUUCAACCACCCUUUUACCAGCUCCUCCCUGUAAUUCCUUGAACCCCUUUUUCAAUCAAUCGCUGCCUUAAAAGAGGACAGGCAGUGCUUUUUUUUUCCCUGGGGUGGCAAUGGCUAAUGUGAGGGGGCAUAAUUUAAAGGUGUUUGGAGGAAAGCAUAGAGGGGAAGUCAGAGGUCGGUUUCUUACAUGGAGACUGGUAGGUGCGUAGGCUGCACUGCUAGGGGGAAGGUAGAGGCAGAUACAUUAGGGGCAUUUAAGAUGCUCUUAAGUAGGCACAUGGAUGUUAGAACAAUGGAGGGCUAUCUCCGACUCAGGAGAAAAUCUGCAGAAGCUGGAGAAACUCAGCAGGUCAGGCAGCAUCUGUGGGAAAGAGUAACCAGCUGGUAUUUUGGGCUGAACCCCUUCAUCAGGAUCAGGCUAUUGGGUGAAGUCCCCAGCUGUCGGGCUGAGGCUUCAGCAGCUGGUGGGAACGCUCUGGAAUUAGAAUCAGGUUUACUGUGUUGUGGGGGCAGGGCAGUGCAAUCCAUGAAAAAUUACUAUAACUUAGAAAUGUGCAGCCUAUCAUGUCUGCUGUGUCAUUCAGUCAUAUCGAAUGUCUUCUCUCAACAUUCCUCCUUGUAACCCUUAACCCACUUACUCAACCUGCACUUUAAAUACAUCCAGUGACCUGGCCUCCACAGCCGCCUGUGGCAAUGAAUUCCAGAUUCACCACCCUCUGGCUGAAAAAAUUCCUCCUCAUCUCUGUCCUAAAGGGAGAUCCCUCUAUUCUGAGGCUGUGCCCUCUGGUCCGAGCUUCCCCCACUAGAGGAAACAUCCUCUCCACGUGCACUCUCCCCAGGCCUUACAGUAGGACAACUCGCCAACCCACUCUAUAGGGAGGAAUAAACAGUUGAAGGUUUGGGCUCGGACUCCACUGUGUGUGUUGCUGAAGAUUUCUAGUCUGCAGAACCUCUUGUGUUUAUUAUUUCAACUUGGUCCUGAGUGGCAGGCACAAUCCGUUCUCCCUGUCUUUAAAGAUGGUGGUUGGUUAGUCCACUUUGACUGGACGAGAUUAAGUUCCCUCCAUUUAUAUGGUUGAGACAUUUAUUGGGAACAACAUGGAGACAAAGCUAUUCCUUACCCUCUAGGAAACCUCCUUUACUAUAAGAAAAAUGGCCAUCUUUGCAGUAUUACUAAAUAUCCUGACCAGCACUACGUGACCCACAAGGAUGCUACCUCCGGUUGUAUCACGUGACCACUGUUGCACGCCUGCCAUUGGUCUAUUCGCCCAGGUCGAAGUACUUUGUGGCAGUCGUUGGCGUGUUCCUAUCUUGUCCAUUUGGUCAAUUUUGAAACUACGCUGAUUUCUCACGCAGCUCCAGUAUUUUUAUCAUUAGAACGACUGCCUUUGUGGGAUGAACCGUCUGAAUUUCUACAGUGCCUUCCACAGCCUAAGGUGAUUAAAAAGCCAAACAAAAACUUUAAGACUUGUGCAACACACACGAAGUGCAAUCUACUUUCUGCCCCCUUCCUUUCCAAUCCUGAUGAAGGGUCUUGGGCCAAAAUGUCAACUAUUUAAUUCCUCUCCACAGAUGCUGCCUGCGCUGCUGAGUACCUCCAGCAUUUUGUGUGUGUUGCUCUGGAUCUCCAGCAUAUAGAAUCUCUUAUGCUUAUUAACCUCAGAACUUGUAAUAGGGAUGUUCGACCAGAUGUAAACGGCAACAAUCUCCCUGCUGGUUGUGGCCGUCUGGGGGAUCUUCGUCAUCGAGGAGAGGGAUGCGUGGGAUCCAGCUACAGGCUUAUCUUGGUGCAGGUGGGGUGGGUGUCGGAGAGGGACCCCGAGGGAACUGCCCUCAGAUAUAGCUCUCCAUGAGAGAGGACCAUUCCGCUCUGUUUUCUUAAACUGAUCUUGAAAGUUGAAAGUAUUGUGCAGAAAUAUUAAAAGAAUGAAUGCUUGA